AUUUUGGCCAAAGUCAAGAUUUUCAAGACCAUAUAUUCAUUCACACAUUCAAGACUGAAGUCUGAAGAAUCAUUUAUUUCCCCCCAACAUCUCUGUGCCAAAUUCAUUAAUCAUCACCUCCAAACCCCCCUUUCUUUCAUUCCUUCUCAUUUAUGAACCAAACUUUAUGAACCAAACCAAGUUUUAAUACCAUCCACCCAACUUUUCGAGUAGCUAUUGUCAAUUUUCCUUCCCCAUUUUCCGAGAUUUCUCAUAUGGAAAGAAAUUGAUUAAAAUGAUAAAAAUAUACUCCGUAGUAGUCUUGCAUUCUCCCUGAUUCUCCCCAUUCUUCAUUCAAGGUUUACGAAGGAUGUUCUUUUUUCAAUAAAAAGGGGAUGUUCUGAGAAUUUUGGAGCUUCCUGUCUUGUAAACACAGAAAAAUGUUCUACUGUCUGUUGGGUUCUUCAGACAUUCAUGAUUUUGGGAGAAGGACUACAGGUUUACAAUUGUGUGCCACUUUCUUUGGUUAAGGAUCAAAAGCACUGCGCAAGAUUUGAUUUUUAUUGUUACAGUUUGAUGUUGGUGUUAGCAUGUGGAAUUUCUACUAGUGUUUUUUAUCACUGACUAUAAAUCUUGAGAGAAGGGUAACGGAAGUAUGAGGAAAGAUACUUUGAGGGGUUGGUUGGAACAAUCCCUUUUAAGGAAAAGUUGCUUGGCGCCUACUUCUCCGAUGGUUUUUGCCUGGAUUAUUGGUUCGUUUUUUGUUCUUGUGUGUUUUACAACCCAAGUAGUGAGCCAGCAACCCAACACUGAUGGGUUCUUUAUCCAUAGUUUCCUGAAAGCUAUGGGAUUGAAUUCCAACACUUCCAAAGUUGACUCAUUUUCUGGAAAUUUCUGUUAUUGGAAAGGUGUGAUCUGUGAUGUAAAGGACCAAAGAGUUGUAAAGCUAAUGAUUUCUGGGUUGGGUCUAUCUGGUUUGGUCCCAGAGAAUACCAUUGGGAAACUCACAAUGCUUGAGAUGUUGGAUCUAAGUAACAAUAGGCUCACCGGUUUGCCUUCUGAUAUCUGGAGUUUGAGUUCUUUGAAAACGCUUAACCUUUCCUUCAACAGAAUCUCUGGGCUUCUCUCUAAUAACAUUGGAAACUUUGCUAAUCUUGAAAGAUUGGAUCUUUCUGGAAACAAUUUCUCAGGUGGCUUACCAGAAGCCAUGAUUUCCCUCACAAGUUUGAAGUUUAUUAAUCUAAGCAGAAAUGGGUUCGACUCAAAGAUUCCUUCUGGGAUCAGGAAUUUCCACUCACUGGUUUCUCUCGAUCUUUCUGGAAACAAACUCACUGAUUCUUUGUGGGAUGGUUUUGGUUCUUCAUUUCCGGAUCUCCGGUUCUUGAAUCUUGCAGGAAAUAGGAUUAUGGGGAAAUAUUCUGAUAUGUCCGGAAUGAAAUCACUUGUGUAUCUAAAUGUUUCUGGGAAUCUGUUCAAGGGUUCUGUGGUUGGCAUUUUUGGCGGGCCAUUGGAGGUGAUUGACCUGAGCAGAAACCAGUUUCAAGGUCAUAUUUCUCAGGUAAACAUUAGUUGGUCUAAUCUGGUUUAUUUGGAUCUAUCUGAGAACCAGUUGAGUGGAGAAAUUUUCUCUGAGUUAAAAGAUAACGCUAAGAAUCUCAGACACUUGAAUCUUGCUCACAACAGAUUUUCCCGUCAGCAGUUUCCACAUGUUCAUAUGCUUCGUCUGGAGUAUCUGAAUUUGUCUGCCACAAAUUUAAUUGGCGAGAUCCCGGGUGACCUUUCUUCACUCAGUGGUUUGAAAGUUCUUGAUGUUUCGUACAACAAUUUGAGUGGGGAAAUCCCUCAACCUCUUGUUGAGAUACUUCCCUCGAUGGUUAGGUUCAACUUCUCGUACAACAAUGUGACGUUUUGUGCUUCUCAAGUUCCCCAAAAUACCCUUCACUCUUCUUUUAUCGGGUCAUCAAACGGAUGUCCCAUUGCAGCCGAUCCCUCUCUUUUCAAAGGCAAAGGGCGCAACCGUUGGGCACUAAAACUAGCUUUGGUUUUAACCUUUUCUAUGGUUUUUACACUUCUCGGGUUGAUGUUUUUAGCCAUUGGGUGUCGUCGUGGUAAGCCUACCAAGUGGGCUGUGAAACAGGCAUCUUCUUAUAAGGAAGACCAAGAACAGAUAGUAUCCCCAGGCCCGUUCUCUUUCCGGACCGAUUCGACUGUUUGGGUAGCCGACGUGAGACAACCGAACUCUGUUCCGGUGGUUAUCUUUGAGAAGCCAUUGUUGAACUUGACUUUUUCUGACCUAUUGUCUGCCACUUCUAAUUUUGACCGAGGGACAUUGUUGGCCGAAGGGAGGUCCGGGCCCGUCUACAGAGGAUUCCUACCUGGUGGUACCCACGUGGCAAUCAAGGUUUUGGUUCAUGGCUCGACCCUGACUAACCAAGAAGCGGCAAGGGAGUUUGAGUACCUCGGGCGUAUCAAACACCCAAACCUCGUUGCCCUCACUGGAUACUGCUUGGCGGGUGACCAAAGAAUCGCUGUAUAUGAUUACAUGGAGAAUGGGAAUUUGCAUGAUCUCCUUUACGAUCUCCCGCUUGGUGGGGUACACACACCCGAAGAUUGGAGCACCGACACGUGGGAAAGGGACGACGAGGAAGGUAACGACAUUCGGAAUGUGAGGUCAGAGGGGUUGUUGACCACUUGGAGAUUCAGACAUAAAAUUGCAAUUGGGACUGCGAGAGCACUUGCUUUUCUCCACCACGGAUGCUCACCCCCCAUCAUACAUAGAGAUGUCAAGGCUAGUAGCGUCUAUCUUGACUCUAAUCUUGAACCGAAGCUUUCGGACUUUGGGCUGGCUAAGAUUUUUGGUGACAGUCUUGAGGAUGGGCUUGUCCGUGGUUCUCCUGGAUACGUCCCUCCCGAGUUUAAUGUACCCGAGACGACGCCUACCCCAAAAUCUGAUGUUUAUGGAUUUGGUGUCAUUCUGUUUGAGCUAAUCACGGGUAAAAGCCCCAUUGGGGACAUUUAUCCAGACCAGAAAGAGGGUGAUUUGGUCACUUGGGUCAGAGGGUUGAUAAGGAAAAACCAGGGACUAAGAGCCAUUGAUCCCAAAAUCAUUGGGACCGGACCGGAAAUAGAGAUGGAAGAAGCGUUGAAGAUUGGUUAUUUAUGCACGGCUGAGAUUCAUUCAAAGAGGCCAAGUAUGCAACAGGUGGUUGGGCUUCUCAAGGACAUCCAUAGUGUGACAACACAAUGAGAGCAAGUUUGGAACUUCAUAAUUUUAUCCUCUUUCACGGUCUUUUUCAUGUUUUGGGUUCCCUGUAGGAGAAUGUACAGCAAAUUCAAGAACUUCGCUUGACUUGCUUCUUCAUGGAUUUGGACCCUCUUGUUCUCAGGAGAUCAAGAGGGAAUCUUGACCUUUAAUUUGAUAAGCUAAGUUCCUAAUUUUUAAUCAAAUGAAUGAAUUAUUAAAUGCUGCUUUCUGAAAGUGCAGUUGGAUUCCCUCUUAAAUUUUCACAUAUAUUUGGGAUUGGUUUUCACUUUUCAUUGACAGACUGGAAAAUAUAUGAGCUUUAGUGCUGUGUCCUCUGUGUUUAUGCUUGAUAUUGAGAUGAUAGCACUUCUAACUUUCUAAUAUUGAAUCUUCACACAAACAAUUGGAAAACAAUUGGAGUAUUUUGCCAAAGUUUUCAUCCUAUGAACUUUAGUUGGUACAAAAUGAAGACUCCUAAUUUAUGUUCUCUAAAUAGGCCCCUUCAAACAAGAACAACAU